AUGCCCCCCUAUUCUAAAGCUAGGGAGGCCGGUUCGCUUGCCCUGGCCCGGACCCGUCCGGUGAGAGGGGACCUUAGGUCUGUCAUCUCAGCCAAGCAGGCUGCGAAGGAGUGCAGGGCUCCUGGGAGUGUCCUAUUCAGAGACGCUCCCCCUACUGCCUGCCCCGCCGCCUUUGUCAUUUCGGGGGGCAGUGGGGCCUGUGUCGGCUCACCUUUCUUGUUUGUAUCUUCCUGGGUUAGCGCCUGCCGGUGCGCUGUUUCAGGCCACCCGGGAGGUCUGCACGAGCUUGACGCCACUGUCACACAGUCUGGCAACGUGGAAACUCCAGGGGUGUCUCAGUGGGUCCUGGAUACUGGCUGCCAUGUCCUAGUGCGGUGGUACCACGGUGGUGUCCUAUAUCAAUCAUCAGGGCGUUCUGCGUUCACGGCCCCUGUUCAGGUUGGCGCGUCAGAUUUUGCUCUGGGCAGAGACCAGGUUCCUUUCGCUGAGAGCGGUUUUUGUCCCAGGAUUUUCGGGCAGGCGGAAGUGGAUUUUUUUGCCUCCAAGGAGCCGACCCACUGUCUGCUGUGGUUCUCCCUCUUUCACCCGGCCCUGUUGGGCCUGGAUGCCCUGCUUUUGAGCUCCAUCUCUCCGGAAGAACUCAGCGAGUUUCUGAACAGGCCGAACACAGUGAUUAAUGCAUCUGAACUUUGCACCUUCCUCAGCAACUACAACAGGACCAAUGAAUACCUGGAGACGGAGCCUGUUCUGUCCUCUGCUGUGGCUAGCUACACGUUGGGGUGUGUGUGGUCUCGUGCUCUCACCGCCUCAUCUCAGGCUGAGGUAGAACAGUGGUUUAAUGUCACACUGGUUCACUACCUGCCCUACCUCAACUCUCAUCUCAUCAGCUCCGACCAGCUCAGGGGUGCCUCCUGCCUCUCAUACAGAAAAUUGGUGUCUGUCUUGGGGGACAACUACAAUUUUUCUGCAACUGAUUUCACCCCAGCUGAUGUGUACAGCUCUAUUAAAGAGUAUCUGAACAGCAGCGAUGGCAGUCCCCGCUGCUAUAACUCCUCAGACCCUCUUCUGAACUCCACCGCCUGGUUUGCUGACAACAUUGGAUUCUUCAUCACUUUCAUCAAGCUCACUGAUCUGCAAUCAUUCCUAUCAGGAAACAUGUCACUUGUGUUCCUGGAGAACUCAAAAAAUCUUCAGCUAUUCAACAACCCGGGCAUUUCCACCAGUGUCCUGGAGUACUACACAAACGAGUUAUACAUCCAGAAUCCUGACUUCAACCUACUCGGCUUGCCAGCUGAAUUGCUGUGUCAAACUGAUGCCUCCGUGUUUGAUCGUCUUGGAGAUGCAGACAUCACGACCAUCCUGAACCGCAUCAACGUCUGCACAGAAAUAAAUCCAGAGGCCACAGCGGUGCUGGUAGCAAAGUUCCCCGAUGUAUCUGCAUCCACCAUCCAAUCUUUGGGCAGCCAGUGCGUGGGACUGACUGUGGGCCAGAUAAGCUCCGCCCCCUCCGAUGUGAUAAACAGUUCUCUGACUAUACUCAGUAACAUCAAUGGCUGGGACCAGGGCCAAGUGAACUCCCUCAUCCAAAGCAUCCUGAGUGCAGGCUUUACUAUCAGCAGUGCCUCCUCUCUGGAGUCCCUGGGAACACUCAUCGGUGGUGUUCCCUCUGCAACCAUCUCAAUCAUCCCAUCUUCUCAGUUUCUGUCUUUAUCUCAGAAUCCAACAUUCAUCAAUAACAUUCUCUCAGCGCCAGUUCUUCUGCAAACUACAUUUGUCCAGAAGGUAAUCUCUGUAGAUCAGACCAAAGUGAUACAGAAUGUUCCAGAUGCACUGGUGAUGUAUAUUCCACUUGUUCUACUGACGUCACUGAGCUCUGGAGACAUUUCACUAAUCAAUAACAAGAGCUGGAGUCAUGAACAGGCUAUGAUGUUGUUUGGUGCAGUGGCCAGUGCCAGUGAUGAUCCAGAAGAUCUGUCAGCAUCAAUACUGCAGGGAUUCUCCUGCAGCUCAGUUCAGACUCUCCCACAGGAAACAGCCAAAGAUCUAGUGAAAGCCUGUAGACCACGUGCAGGCAGAGACAAGGUCCUACUGGAAGAGGCUCAGCUGACCUGCAUGUACAACUACGUGAAAGACGAUCCAUCUGUUAGCUUUAGUGACGUCCCCUCUGAUAUGCUUCUGUACUACAGCUAUGACAAGGUCCAGAAGGUGAAUUGCCAGGCGUAUUUCGUUGCCCUGGGCAGAGCAGAUUUCUCCGUUCUUUCCCUUGACCUCGACAAGACGACCGUCCUGUUCGACCAUGCAAAGGACUGCCUGGGUAUAUCUGGUGUGAGUCUGACCAGGCAUCAGGUGGAGGUUCUGGGGAAUAUGGCAUGCACACUGGACUCCUCCUACAUCCAGAGCUCUGACCCCAUAAUUCUGGAGAACCUGAAGAACUGUGGAGAUCUUUCUGAUUCUCAGAUGACUGCUGUACAGUCAGUGCUCCUCAGUGGGAACACUGCUUACGGCAAUCCCUCAACGUGGAAUGAGGACACUGUGGAGCAACUCAGCAACCUGGCUGUCUAUUUCAAAUCAAACCUCUGCGUCAAAAUUCCCAUUAAUAUAAAGAGGAAGUUCAUUUCAGCCCUGAGGAAGCAAAAGAUCCCGUUGAAGAAGCUAAGGGCACUGUUUACAGAAUGCAACACAGAAAGCACUAGCGCAGUGAGCAACAUCACAGCGGUGACCAUUUCAGACCCAUCAUUUCCUUUUGGCUUUAACUCCACACAGUUUGAUCUGUAUCUGGACAUCACUGUACUGCAGGAGAACCUGGCAGCCAUCACUGAGAAAGUGGUGGACACCAGCCUCCAGACUAUCAUUCUCAACAAGUUAAACCAGAUUUACCCAUCAGGUCUUAAUGACGAUGUACUGCAGCUGCUGGGUUCCACUUCUCGUGUGGCCACUACUGAUGACAUUAGCAAGUGGAACAUUACCAUAAUUGACACAUUGUCCUCUUUGAUGAACUCAAAUGAUGGACCCUGGGAAGAAGAAAAGAGUAAAGCAGUCAUUAUGAGGUAUCUGAACAUGGGAAAUCACUCUCUGGGAAGUGCUGAAAUAAAUGUAGUUGGUUCCAACAUCUGCACUUUAGACAUCAGUGUGCUGGAAAAUAUCACUGCUGAGAGUCUAACGUCAGUCCUGUCUCCAGAUCUGUCCUCAUGUUCCACUGGACAGAAAACUGCUCUGUACAUCAUUGCCAACUCUUCAUUCAGCAGUCAACACAGCAGCUCCACAACAUUCUACCAACUCAUCAGCCCUUACCUGGGUGGAGCUCCUGUGGAGGAUAUUCUAGCUCUUUCGACUCAAAACAUCAGCAUGGACAUCACCAUAUUCAUUAGUCUGAAUCCUGCUGUUCUCACGAUCCUAAAUGUCAGCACAGUGAGGGCUCUAAUGGGGGUAAACUUGGCUGAUCUGAAGCUGUUUGAGAACUCCUCAGUGGUUCAGUCCUGGGUGUCACAACAGAACCAAUCUGAUCUGAACACGCUGAAUCUUGGCAUCACCAACCGCAACCCUUGUUAUGGCAUAGACAGUCACCCACUUGAUAGCGAAUUUGCAUCCGGAAAUGUUUCCGCAGUACUGUGCAACUUUAGCAUUCCUGACUAUGCCUGUUCAUCAGUUGUUGUAUUGUCCUCUAAUGAUCUGGUCACACUACUCACAUGCAAACUGCCAAGCAGCCUGAGCGUCUCUAAAGAUGCUUGGAAGCUUUUCUUCCAGAGUCUUUCUGGACCGUUGGAUGAUGCCCUGGAGAGGUUUUCAAACAUGACACACAGCAGCAUUCAGUCUGACCCUAACAUACUUGACGCCAUCGGGGAGGUGAUAAUCGACAAGUUCACCGCAGCACAGCUGACGAAUGCCACGUACAUCACGGACUGGUUCCACAUAAGGCUCAGACCAUUUUUGUCAUCAGUGUCCUUAGAUUUUCUGUUCAGCCUUAGUUCAAAAACCUUCAGCUGUGAAACCUACCAAAUUGUGGUGGAAGCUCUUGGCAGUCAAGAAUCUCUCAUGAAAGAGGAACAGAAGCAGAGGGUAUUUAAUUCGUUCAUCUUUCCCUUCCUGCAAAGAGAUGAUCUUCCAGACCCUGCCUGCCUUUCCAACACUUCUGGCAGCGCCGACUGGCUUGAAAAGAACCUUGGCGGUUUCUCCGAUUAUGCCCCCUUGGAAAAGCUCAAACUUCUAAAUGCAAAUUUCUCUAGCGUCGCAGUGUUGGGCUUACUGUCCAGUGAACAGAAGGCACAGUUCAUCUUGCAGCCGGAUUCAGGAGUGUUGGGAAAUGACUCUGUGUUUAGAGAGGUGUUUACCAGUGUGCUCACAUCCUCAGAUGUGGAUCAACUUGGCAGCUUCUUCGAAGCCUUCAACCAGACUGUAAUACAAAUGAACGUGACUAUUCCUUCAGCAAUAUCAGAUAGCAUUCUGAACAUGACACUCUUGGAUCUGGUGCCUCACUUCCAAAGUUUCAGCCCAGAGGACUUUGCCCUGUGGUUCCAGACUUACCUUUCAUUGUUCCUCACAAGGAUUAGUUCAAACACCCUGUCGAUCAUCCCCACAAACAUCAGCUGUGACUCCUACAGAGAGAUAGUGAAAGGACUUGAUCAUGUGUACAGCGACCUCUCUGCAACCCAGUCCAACACUGUCUUCAGCUACACACAAGACUACCUCGAGUACCAGUCCAGCCAAGGCCUGAGCUGCUAUGGCACAGGAAGCUUCUACGUGUUCCUGAAACAGUUGUUCCUCAGUUUUGGAUUCCCCGACCUGAACGAUUUCCUGUCUCUGAUCCCAGCCGACCGCCAGGCACAGCUUUUGAGCUCCAUCUCUCCGGAAGAACUCAGCGAGUUUCUGAACAGGCCGAACACAGUGAGUAAUGCGUCUGAACUCUGCAGCCUCCUCGACGACUACAACAGGACCAAUGAAUACCUGGAGACGGAGCCUGUUCUGUCCUCUGCUGUGGCUAGCUACACGUUGGCGUGUGUGUGGUCUCGUGCUCUCACCGCCUCAUCUCAGGCUGAGGUAGAACAGUGGUUUAAUGUCACACUGGUUCACUACCUGCCCUACCUCAACUCUCAUCUCAUCAGCUCCGACCAGCUCAGGGGUGCCUCCUGCCUCUCAUACAGAAAAUUGGUGUCUGUCUUGGGGGACAACUACAAUUUUUCUGCAACUGAUUUCACCCCAGCUGAUGUGUACAGCUCUAUUAAAGAGUAUCUGAACAGCAGCGAUGGCAGUCCCCGCUGCUAUAACUCCUCAGACCCUCUUCUGAACUCCACCGCCUGGUUUGCUGACAACAUUGGAUUCUUCAUCACUUUCAUCAAGCUCACUGAUCUGCAAUCAUUCCUAUCAGGAAACAUGUCACUUGUGUUCCUGGAGAACUCAAAAAAUCUUCAGCUAUUCAACAACCCGGGCAUUUCCACCAGUGUCCUGGAGUACUACACAAACGAGUUAUACAUCCAGAAUCCUGACUUCAACCUACUCGGCUUGCCAGCUGAAUUGCUGUGUCAAACUGAUGCCUCCGUGUUUGAUCGUCUUGGAGAUGCAGACAUCACGACCAUCCUGAAUCGCAUCAACUUCUGCACAGAAAUAAAUCCAGAGGCCACAGCGGUGCUGGUAGCAAAGUUCCCCGAUGUAUCUGCAUCCACCAUCCAAUCUUUGGGCAGCCAGUGCGUGGGACUGACUGUGGGCCAGAUAAGCUCCGCCCCCUCCGAUGUGAUAAACAGUUCUCUGACUAUACUCAGUAACAUCAAUGGCUGGGACCAGGGCCAAGUGAACUCCCUCAUCCAAAGCAUCCUGAGUGCAGGCUUUACUAUCAGCAGUGCCUCCUCUCUGGAGUCCCUGGGAACACUCAUCGGUGGUGUUCCCUCUGCAACCAUCUCAAUCAUCCCAUCUUCUCAGUUUCUGUCUUUAUCUCAGAAUCCAACAUUCAUCAAUAACAUUCUCUCAGCGCCAGUUAUUCUGCAAACUACAUUUGUCCAGAAGGUAAUCUCUGUAGAUCAGACCAAAGUGAUACAGAAUGUUCCAGAUGCACUGGUGAUGUAUAUUCCACUUGUUCUACUGACGUCACUGAACUCUGGAGACAUUUCACUAAUCAAUAACAAGAGCUGGAGUCAUGAACAGGCUAUGAUGUUGUUUGGUGCAGUGGCCAGUGCCAGUGAUGAUCCAGAAGAUCUGUCAGCAUCAAUACUGCAGGGAUUCUCCUGCAGCUCAGUUCAGACUCUCCCAAAGGAAACAGCCAAAGAUCUAGUGAAAGCCUGUAGACCACGUGCAGGCAGAGACAAGGUCCUACUGAAAGAGGCUCAGCUGACCUGCAUGUACAACUACGUGAAAGACGAUCCAUCUGUUAGCUUUAGUGACGUCCCCUCUGAUAUGCUUCUGUACUACAGCUAUGACAAGGUCCAGAAGGUGAAUUGCCAGGCGUAUUUCGUUGCCCUGGGCAGAGCAGAUUUCUCCGUUCUUUCCCUUGACCUCGACAAGACGACCGUCCUGUUCGACCAUGCAAAGGACUGCCUGGGUAUAUCUGGUGUGAGUCUGACCAGGCAUCAGGUGGAGGUUCUGGGGAAUAUGGCAUGCACACUGGACUCCUCCUACAUCCAGAGCUCUGACCCCAUAAUUCUGGAGAACCUGAAGAACUGUGGAGAUCUUUCUGAUUCUCAGAUGACUGCUGUACAGUCAGUGCUCCUCAGUGGGAACACUGCUUACGGCAAUCCCUCAACGUGGAAUGAGGACACUGUGGAGCAACUCAGCAACCUGGCUGUCUAUUUCAAAUCAAACCUCUGCGUCAAAAUUCCCAUUAAUAUAAAGAGGAAGUUCAUUUCAGCCCUGAGGAAGCAAAAGAUCCCGUUGAAGAAGCUAAGGGCACUGUUUACAGAAUGCAACACAGAAAGCACUAGCGCAGUGAGCAACAUCACAGCGGUGACCAUUUCAGACCCAUCAUUUCCUUUUGGCUUUAACUCCACACAGUUUGAUCUGUAUCUGGACAUCACUGUACUGCAGGAGAACCUGGCAGCCAUCACUGAGAAAGUGGUGGACACCAGCCUCCAGACUAUCAUUCUCAACAAGUUAAACCAGAUUUACCCAUCAGGUCUUAAUGACGAUGUACUGCAGCUGCUGGGUUCCACUUCUCGUGUGGCCACUACUGAUGACAUUAGCAAGUGGAACAUUACCAUAAUUGACACAUUGUCCUCUUUGAUGAACUCAAAUGAUGGACCCUGGGAAGAAGAAAAGAGUAAAGCAGUCAUUAUGAGGUAUCUGAACAUGGGAAAUCACUCUCUGGGAAGUGCUGAAAUAAAUGUAGUUGGUUCCAACAUCUGCACUUUAGACAUCAGUGUGCUGGAAAAUAUCACUGCUGAGAGUCUAACGUCAGUCCUGUCUCCAGAUCUGUCCUCAUGUUCCACUGGACAGAAAACUGCUCUGUACAUCAUUGCCAACUCUUCAUUCAGCAGUCAACACAGCAGCUCCACAACAUUCUACCAACUCAUCAGCCCUUACCUGGGUGGAGCUCCUGUGGAGGAUAUUCUAGCUCUUUCGACUCAAAACAUCAGCAUGGACAUCACCAUAUUCAUUAGUCUGAAUCCUGCUGUUCUCACGAUCCUAAAUGUCAGCACAGUGAGGGCUCUAAUGGGGGUAAACUUGGCUGAUCUGAAGCUGUUUGAGAACUCCUCAGUGGUUCAGUCCUGGGUGUCACAACAGAACCAAUCUGAUCUGAACACGCUGAAUCUUGGCAUCACCAACCGCAACCCUUGUUAUGGCAUAGACAGUCACCCACUUGAUAGCGAAUUUGCAUCCGGAAAUGUUUCCGCAGUACUGUGCAACUUUAGCAUUCCUGACUAUGCCUGUUCAUCAGUUGUUGUAUUGUCCUCUAAUGAUCUGGUCACACUACUCACAUGCAAACUGCCAAGCAGCCUGAGCGUCUCUAAAGAUGCUUGGAAGCUUUUCUUCCAGAGUCUUUCUGGACCGUUGGAUGAUGCCCUGGAGAGGUUUUCAAACAUGACACACAGCAGCAUUCAGUCUGACCCUAACAUACUUGACGCCAUCGGGGAGGUGAUAAUCGACAAGUUCACCGCAGCACAGCUGACGAAUGCCACGUACAUCACGGACUGGUUCCACAUAAGGCUCAGACCAUUUUUGUCAUCAGUGUCCUUAGAUUUUCUGUUCAGCCUUAGUUCAAAAACCUUCAGCUGUGAAACCUACCAAAUUGUGGUGGAAGCUCUUGGCAGUCAAGAAUCUCUCAUGAAAGAGGAACAGAAGCAGAGGGUAUUUAAUUCGUUCAUCUUUCCCUUCCUGCAAAGAGAUGAUCUUCCAGACCCUGCCUGCCUUUCCAACACUUCUGGCAGCGCCGACUGGCUUGAAAAGAACCUUGGCGGUUUCUCCGAUUAUGCCCCCUUGGAAAAGCUCAAACUUCUAAAUGCAAAUUUCUCUAGCGUCGCAGUGUUGGGCUUACUGUCCAGUGAACAGAAGGCACAGUUCAUCUUGCAGCCGGAUUCAGGAGUGUUGGGAAAUGACUCUGUGUUUAGAGAGGUGUUUACCAGUGUGCUCACAUCCUCAGAUGUGGAUCAACUUGGCAGCUUCUUCGAAGCCUUCAACCAGACUGUAAUACAAAUGAACGUGACUAUUCCUUCAGCAAUAUCAGAUAGCAUUCUGAACAUGACACUCUUGGAUCUGGUGCCUCACUUCCAAAGUUUCAGCCCAGAGGACUUUGCCCUGUGGUUCCAGACUUACCUUUCAUUGUUCCUCACAAGGAUUAGUUCAAACACCCUGUCGAUCAUCCCCACAAACAUCAGCUGUGACUCCUACAGAGAGAUAGUGAAAGGACUUGAUCAUGUGUACAGCGACCUCUCUGCAACCCAGUCCAACACUGUCUUCAGCUACACACAAGACUACCUCGAGUACCAGUCCAGCCAAGGCCUGAGCUGCUAUGGCACAGGAAGCUUCUACGUGUUCCUGAAACAGUUGUUCCUCAGUUUUGGAUUCCCCGACCUGAACGAUUUCCUGUCUCUGAUCCCAGCCGACCGCCAGGCACAGCUUUUGAGCUCCAUCUCUCCGGAAGAACUCAGCGAGUUUCUGAACAGGCCGAACACAGUGAGUAAUGCGUCUGAACUCUGCAGCCUCCUCGACGACUACAACAGGACCAAUGAAUACCUGGAGACGGAGCCUGUUCUGUCCUCUGCUGUGGCUAGCUACACGUUGGCGUGUGUGUGGUCUCGUGCUCUCACCGCCUCAUCUCAGGCUGAGGUAGAACAGUGGUUUAAUGUCACACUGGUUCACUACCUGCCCUACCUCAACUCUCAUCUCAUCAGCUCCGACCAGCUCAGGGGUGCCUCCUGCCUCUCAUACAGAAAAUUGGUGUCUGUCUUGGGGGACAACUACAAUUUUUCUGCAACUGAUUUCACCCCAGCUGAUGUGUACAGCUCUAUUAAAGAGUAUCUGAACAGCAGCGAUGGCAGUCCCCGCUGCUAUAACUCCUCAGACCCGCUUCUGAACUCCACCGCCUGGUUUGCUGACAACAUUGGAUUCUUCAUCACUUUCAUCAAGCUCACUGAUCUGCAAUCAUUCCUAUCAGGAAACAUGUCACUUGUGUUCCUGGAGAACUCAAAAAAUCUUCAGCUAUUCAACAACCCGGGCAUUUCCACCAGUGUCCUGGAGUACUACACAAACGAGUUAUACAUCCAGAAUCCUGACUUCAACCUACUCGGCUUGCCAGCUGAAUUGCUGUGUCAAACUGAUGCCUCCGUGUUUGAUCGUCUUGGAGAUGCAGACAUCACGACCAUCCUGAAUCGCAUCAACUUCUGCACAGAAAUAAAUCCAGAGGCCACAGCGGUGCUGGUAGCAAAGUUCCCCGAUGUAUCUGCAUCCACCAUCCAAUCUUUGGGCAGCCAGUGCGUGGGACUGACUGUGGGCCAGAUAAGCUCCGCCCCCUCCGAUGUGAUAAACAGUUCUCUGACUAUACUCAGUAACAUCAAUGGCUGGGACCAGGGCCAAGUGAACUCCCUCAUCCAAAGCAUCCUGAGUGCAGGCUUUACUAUCAGCAGUGCCUCCUCUCUGGAGUCCCUGGGAACACUCAUCGGUGGUGUUCCCUCUGCAACCAUCUCAAUCAUCCCAUCUUCUCAGUUUCUGUCUUUAUCUCAGAAUCCAACAUUCAUCAAUAACAUUCUCUCAGCGCCAGUUAUUCUGCAAACUACAUUUGUCCAGAAGGUAAUCUCUGUAGAUCAGACCAAAGUGAUACAGAAUGUUCCAGAUGCACUGGUGAUGUAUAUUCCACUUGUUCUACUGACGUCACUGAACUCUGGAGACAUUUCACUAAUCAAUAACAAGAGCUGGAGUCAUGAACAGGCUAUGAUGUUGUUUGGUGCAGUGGCCAGUGCCAGUGAUGAUCCAGAAGAUCUGUCAGCAUCAAUACUGCAGGGAUUCUCCUGCAGCUCAGUUCAGACUCUCCCACAGGAAACAACCAAAGAUCUAGUGAAAGCCUGUAGACCACGUGCAGGCAGAGACAAGGUCCUACUGGAAGAGGCUCAGCUGACCUGCAUGUACAACUACGUGAAAGACGAUCCAUCUGUUAGCUUUAGUGACGUCCCCUCUGAUAUGCUUCUGUACUACAGCUAUGACAAGGUCCAGAAGGUGAAUUGCCAGGCGUAUUUCGUUGCCCUGGGCAGAGCAGAUUUCUCCGUUCUUUCCCUUGACCUCGACAAGACGACCGUCCUGUUCGACCAUGCAAAGGACUGCCUGGGUAUAUCUGGUGUGAGUCUGACCAGGCAUCAGGUGGAGGUUCUGGGGAAUAUGGCAUGCACACUGGACUCCUCCUACAUCCAGAGCUCUGACCCCAUAAUUCUGGAGAACCUGAAGAACUGUGGAGAUCUUUCUGAUUCUCAGAUGACUGCUGUACAGUCAGUGCUCCUCAGUGGGAACACUGCUUACGGCAAUCCCUCAACGUGGAAUGAGGACACUGUGGAGCAACUCAGCAACCUGGCUGUCUAUUUCAAAUCAAACCUCUGCGUCAAAAUUCCCAUUAAUAUAAAGAGGAAGUUCAUUUCAGCCCUGAGGAAGCAAAAGAUCCCGUUGAAGAAGCUAAGGGCACUGUUUACAGAAUGCAACACAGAAAGCACUAGCGCAGUGAGCAACAUCACAGCGGUGACCAUUUCAGACCCAUCAUUUCCUUUUGGCUUUAACUCCACACAGUUUGAUCUGUAUCUGGACAUCACUGUACUGCAGGAGAACCUGGCAGCCAUCACUGAGAAAGUGGUGGACACCAGCCUCCAGACUAUCAUUCUCAACAAGUUAAACCAGAUUUACCCAUCAGGUCUUAAUGACGAUGUACUGCAGCUGCUGGGUUCCACUUCUCGUGUGGCCACUACUGAUGACAUUAGCAAGUGGAACAUUACCAUAAUUGACACAUUGUCCUCUUUGAUGAACUCAAAUGAUGGACCCUGGGAAGAAGAAAAGAGUAAAGCAGUCAUUAUGAGGUAUCUGAACAUGGGGAAUCACUCUCUGGGAAGUGCUGAAAUAAAUGUAGUUGGUUCCAACAUAUGCACUUUAGACAUCAGUGUGCUGGAAAAUAUCACUGCUGAGAGUCUAACGUCAGUCCUGUCUCCAGAUCUAUCCUCAUGUUCCACUGGACAGAAAACUGCUCUGUACAUCAUUGCCAACUCUUCAUUCAGCAGUCAACACAGCAGCUCCACAACAUUCUACCAACUAAUCAGCCCUUACCUGGGUGGAGCUCCUGUGGAGGAUAUACAAGCUCUUUCUGCCCAGAACAUCAGCAUGGACAUCUCCAUAUUCACUAGUCUGAAUCCUUCUAUCCUUAAGUUCCUGAAUGUGAGCACAGUGAGGGAUCUAUUGGGGAUGAAUGUGGCUGAUUUGAAGACAUUUGAGAACUCUUCAAUGGUUCAAUCCUGGGUAUCACAACAGAAACAGUCUGAAUUAGAUAUACUGAAUAUUGGCAUCAUCAAUCUUGACAGUAAUAGUUCUAACACCAUCAUCAGUACAACCACUCCUAGUACCAGAACAGCUACUGAUACCACCAUACCUACUGUGAACACACCUGUCACUUUCAGUGCUAUCCUCAAUAUCAGUGCUUACCCGAAUACAAGUUUUGAAAUCACCCCUUCUUUUGGAACCACUGUCAAUAUGACUGCCACUACAAGUGAGAUCCUCAAUUCCACUGCUUCCCCCAAUACAAGUUUCGAAAUCACCCCUUCCUUUGGAACCACUGUCAAUAUGAAUGCCACUACAAAUGAGAUCCUCAAUUCCACUGCUUCCCCCAAUACAAGUUUUGAAAUCACCCCUUCCUUUGGAACCACUGUCAAUAUGACUGCCACUACAAGUGAGAUCCUCAAUUCCAGUGCCUCCCCCAAUACAAGUUUCGAAAUCACACCUUCCUUUGGAACCACUGUCAAUAUGACUGCCACUACAAGUGAGAUCCUCAAUUCCAGUGCUUCACCAACUACAAGUUUAGAAAUCGCCCCUUCCUUGGAAACCACUGUCAAUAUCAAUGCCACUACAAGUGAGAUCCUCAAUUCCAGUGCUUCACCAACUACAAGUUUAGAAAUCGCCCCUUCCUUUGGAACCACUGUCAAUAUGACUGCCACUACAAGUGAGAUCCUCAAUUCCAGUGCUUCACCAACUACAAGUUUCGAAACCACCCCUUCCUUUGGAACCACUGUCAAUAUGACUGCCACUACAAGUGAGAUCCUCAAUUCCAGUGCUUCCCCCAAUACAAGUUUCGAAAUCACCCCUUCCUUUGGAACCACUGUCAAUAUGACUGCCACUACAAGUGAGAUCCUCAAUUCCACUGCUUCCCCCAAUACAAGUUUCGAAAUCACCCCUUCUUCUGGAACCACUGUCAAUAUGACUGCCACUACAAGUGAGAUCCUCAAUUCCAGUGCUUCACCAACUACAAGUUUCGAAAUCACCCCUUCCUUGGAAACCACUGUCAAUAUCAAUGCCACUACAAGUGAGAUCCUCAAUUCCAGUGCUUCACCAACUACAAAUUUAGAAAUCUCCCCUUCCUUUGGAACCACUGUCAAUAUGACUGCCACUACAAGUGAGAUCCUCAAUUCCAGUGCUUCACCAACUACAAGUUUCGAAACCACCCCUUCCUUUGGAACCACUGUCAAUAUGACUGCCACUACAAGUGAGAUCCUCAAUUCCAGUGCUUCCCCCAAUACAAGUUUCGAAAUCACCCCUUCCUUUGGAACCACUGUCAAUAUGACUGCCACUACAAGUGAGAUCCUCAAUUCCACUGCUUCCCCCAAUACAAGUUUCGAAAUCACCCCUUCUUCUGGAACCACUGUCAAUAUGACUGCCACUACAAGUGAGAUCCUCAAUUCCAGUGCUUCACCAACUACAAGUUUCGAAAUCACCCCUUCCUUGGAAACCACUGUCAAUAUCAAUGCCACUACAAGUGAGAUCCUCAAUUCCAGUGCUUCACCAACUACAAAUUUAGAAAUCUCCCCUUCCUUUGGAACCACUGUCAAUAUGACUGCCACUACAAGUGAGAUCCUCAAUUCCAGUGCUUCACCAACUACAAGUUUCGAAACCACCCCUUCCUUUGGAACCACUGUCAAUAUGACUGCCACUACAAGUGAGAUCCUCAAUUCCAGUGCUUCCCCCAAUACAAGUUUCGAAAUCACCCCUUCCUUUGGAACCACUGUCAAUAUGACUGCCACUACAAGUGAGAUCCUCAAUUCCACUGCUUCCCCCAAUACAAGUUUCGAAAUCACCCCUUCCUUUGGAACCACUGUCAAUAUGACUGCCACUACAAGUGAGAUCCUCAAUUCCAGUGCUUCCCCCAAUACAAGUUUCGAAAUCACACCUUCCUUUGGAACCACUGUCAAUAUGACUGCCACUACAAGUGAGAUCCUCAAUUCCACUGCUUCACCAACUACAAGUUUCGAAAUCACCCCUUCCUUUGGAACCACUGUCUAUAUGAAUGCCACUACAAGUGAGAUCCUCAAUUCCACUGCUUCCCCCAAUACAAGUUUCGAAAUCACCCCUUCCUUUGGAACCACUGUCAAUAUGAAUGCCACUACAAAUGAGAUCCUCAAUUCCAGUGCUUCACCAACUACAAGUUUCGAAAUCACCCCUUCGUUUGGAACCACUGUCAAUAUGACUGCCACUACAAGUGAGAUCCUCAAUUCCAGUGCUUCACCAACUACAAGUUUUGAAAUCACCCCUUCCUUUGGAACGAUUGUCAACAUGACUACCAGUCUAAGUGAGAUCCUCAACACCUCUGCUUACCCCGCUACAAGUAUUAAAAUCACUACUUCACUUGAAAACAGCACAAGCGUUCCUGACAACCCUUGUCAAGGUGUAGACAGCCAGGAAAUUGAGACUGCACUUUUGUAUGAAAAUGCUUCUGCAGUAUUGUGCAACUUCAGCAUCACUGAAUAUGCCUGUUCAUCAGUUUCUGGUCUGUCCACUGAUGAUCUGGCCAAACUGCUAAAAUGUAAAAUAACAGGCAAAGUAAAGUACACCAAAGUUAUUUGGAAACUUUUCUUCCACAAUGUGGCUGCAAAUUUGGAUGAAGCACUGGAUAAGGUGUACAACAUGACCUUUAGCAGUGCUGAUGCUGACCUAAAUAUACUUGACGCUAUCGGGGAGGUGAUAAUCGACAAGUUCACCACAGCACAGCUGACGAAUGCCACUUUCAUCACGGACUGGUUCCACAUGAGGCUCAGACCAUUUUUGUCAUCAGUGUCCUUAGAUUUUCUGUCCAGCCUUAGUUCAAAAACCUUCAGCUGUGAGACCUACCAAAUUGUGGUGGAAGCUCUUGGCAGUCAAGAAUCUCUCAUAAAAGAGGAACAGAAGCAGAGGGUAUUUAAUUCGUUCAUCUUUCCCUUCCUGCAAAGAGAUGAUCUUCCAGACCCUGCCUGCCUUUCCAACACUUCUGGCAGCGCCGACUGGCUUGAAAAGAACCUUGGCGGUUUCUCCGAUUAUGCCCCCUUGGAAAAGCUCAAACUUCUAAAUGCAAAUUUCUCUAGCGUCGCAGUGUUGGGCUUACUGUCCAGUGAACAGAAGGCACAGUUCAUCUUGCAGCCGGAUUCAGGAGUGUUGGGAAAUGACUCUGUGUUUAGAGAGGUGUUUACCAGUGUGCUCACAUCCUCAGAUGUGGAUCAACUUGGCAGCUUCUUCGAAGCCUUCAACCAGACUGUAAUACAAAUGAACGUGACUAUUCCUUCAGCAAUAUCAGAUAGCAUUCUGAACAUGACACUCUUGGAUCUGGUGCCUCACUUCCAAAGUUUCAGCCCAGAGGACUUUGCCCUGUGGUUCCAGACUUACCUUUCAUUGUUCCUCACAAGGAUUAGUUCAAACACCCUGUCGAUCAUCCCCACAAACAUCAGCUGUGACUCCUACAGAGAGAUAGUGAAAGGACUUGAUCAUGUGUACAGCGACCUCUCUGCAACCCAGUCCAACACUGUCUUCAGCUACACACAAGACUACCUCGAGUACCAGUCCAGCCAAGGCCUGAGCUGCUAUGGCACAGGAAGCUUCUACGUGUUCCUGAAACAGUUGUUCCUCAGUUUUGGAUUCCCCGACCUGAACGAUUUCCUGUCUCUGAUCCCAGCCGACCGCCAGGCACAGCUUUUGAGCUCCAUCUCUCCGGAAGAACUCAGCGAGUUUCUGAACAGGCCGAACACAGUGAGUAAUGCGUCUGAACUCUGCAGCCUCCUCGAAGACUACAACAGGACCAAUGAAUACCUGGAGACGGAGCCUGUUCUGUCCUCUGCUGUGGCUAGCUACACGUUGGGGUGUGUGUGGUCUCGUGCUCUCACCGCCUCAUCUCAGGCUGAGGUAGAACAGUGGUUUAAUGUCACACUGGUUCACUACCUGCCCUACCUCAACUCUCAUCUCAUCAGCUCCGACCAGCUCAGGGGUGCCUCCUGCCUCUCAUACAGAAAAUUGGUGUCUGUCUUGGGGGACAACUACAAUUUUUCUGCAACUGAUUUCACCCCAGCUGAUGUGUACAGCUCUAUUAAAGAGUAUCUGAACAGCAGCGAUGGCAGUCCCCGCUGCUAUAACUCCUCAGACCCUCUUCUGAACUCCACCGCCUGGUUUGCUGACAACAUUGGAUUCUUCAUCAUUUUCAUCAAGCUCACUGAUCUGCAAUCAUUCCUAUCAGACAGCAAGAUUGGUGUCUUCCUGGAGAAUUCAGAAAAUCUUCAGUUGUUUAAUAACUCACAAAUUGCAGCCAAUGUCACAGAAUACUACACAACUCAAUUAUACAUCCAGGAUCCCACCUUUAACCCCCUCAGAUUACCAGGUGGACUUGUCUGUAAAGCCCCCAGCUCUGUGUUUGUUUCUCUUGGAGAUGCAGACAUACAGAACAUUCUGUCCAACAUUAACAAAUUUUGUAAAGAAACCAAUCCAGAGAUCACAGCAACACUUGUGGACAAGUUUCCUACUUUAUCGGCAUCUACAGUUCAGUUGCUUGGCAGCCAGUGUGUUGGACUGACUGUGGGACAGAUAAAUUCCGCCCCCUACAGUGUGAUACAAAAUACCCUAGAUACACUCAGUAAUAUCAAUGGCUGGGACCAGGGACAAGCUAAUGCUCUCAUCCAAAGCAUCAUUAGUUCAGGGUUUAAGAUAAACAGUGCCUCCUCUUUGUUAUCUCUGGGCACACUAAUCGAAGGAGUUCCCUCUGCAACCAUUUCCAGCAUCCCUUCUUCUCAGCUUCUGACUUUAUCCCAGAAUCCAACAUUUAUCAAUAACAUUUUGUCAGCACCAGGUAUUCUACAAGAAACCUAUGUCCAGCAGGUUAUUUCUGCAGACCAAACCAAAGUGAUGGAGAAUGUUCCUAAUUCACUGGUGAUGUAUAUCCCAGUUGUUCUACUCUCAUCACAGAGUUCUGUUAAUGUUUCACUGAUCAAUAACAAGAGCUGGAGCCAUGAACAGGCUAAAAUCUUGUUUGGUGCAGUGACCAGUGAUCAUCCAGAAGAUCUGUCAGCAUCAGUACUGCAGGGAUUCUCCUGCAGCUCAGUUCAGACUAUCCCACAGAAAAAAGCCAAAGAUCUAGUGAAAGCCUGUAGACCACGUGCAGGCAGAAACAAGGUCCUACUGGAAGAGGCUCAGCUAACCUGCAUGUACAACAUCAUGAAAGAACACUCUGUGAACUUUGCUGAUGUCCCUUCUGACAUGCUCCUCUAUUACAACUAUGACAAAGUAAAGAAUGGGAAUUGCAGUUCAUAUUUUGCGGCUUUGGGAGGAGCAGAUUUCUCUGUUCCUUCAAGCAUCCUCAACAUACCGGCCACCCAAUUCAAAAAUGCACGGGACUGCCUGGGUAUAUCUGGUGUGAGUCUGACCAGGCAUCACGUGGAGGUUCUGGGGAAUAUGGCAUGCACACUGGACUCCUCCUACAUCCAGAACUCUGACCCCAUAAUUCUGGAGAACCUGAAGAACUGUGGAGAUCUUUCUGAUUCUCAGAUCAUUGCUAUACAGUCAGUGCUCCUCAGUGGGAACACUGCUUAUGGUAAUCCUCUAAAGUGGAAUGCACAGACUCUGGGGCAACUCGGCAUCCUGCCUCUCUAUUUCAAAUCAGACUUCUGGAAACAGUUCAGUUAUGAUGUAAAAAAGUCAUUUUUGAAGUCAUUCAUGCCAUUCUUGAGGAAUCAAAAGACCCCAAUACAGAAAGUGAGGAAUUUUUUUGUGGAAUGCAACUCCAAAUCAUCCAAAAUCAAUCGUGCUGCAGUAUGCACCACUGGCCAGAUCACAGCAGUGACAAUUGCAGAUGCAUCAUUUCCUUUGGGAUAUGACUCCACCCAAUUUGAUUUGUGUUUGAAUAACACUGUCCUGCAAGACAACCUGGCAGCCAUCACUGAGAAAGUAGUGGACCCCAGUUUCCAGACUGUUAUUCUAAACAAGUUAAACCAGCUCUUCCCAUCAGGAAUUAAUGAUGGUGUUCUACAGCUAUUAGGCUCCGCAUCUCGCAUGGCAACUAUUGAUGAAAUUAGCAAGUGGAAUAUUAGCAUAAUUGACACACUGUCCUCUUUGAUGGAUCCAAAUAACGGCAACUGGACAACAGCGCUGAGUAAUGCCGUGAUUUCAAGGUAUCUUGUUGUGGCUAAUCACACUCUUGGAACUGCUGAAAUAAAUGCAGUUGGUUCCAGCAUCUGUUCGUUAGAUGUCAGUUUACUGAAAACUAUCACAGCUGAGAGCUUGAUGAUGGCAAAUGCUCCGGAUCUGUCCUUAUGUUCUAUUGAACAGAAAUCUGCUCUGUACAUCAUUGGCAAGUCCUCAUUCAGUGGACAAAACAGUACUGCGAAAAUAUAUUACCAACUCAUAACGCCCUACCUGGGUGGUGCUCCUGUACAGGAUAUACACGAUCUUUCUACCAAGAAUGUUAACAUGGACAUCACAACCUUCAUGAAUCUAAACCCUGCUGUUUUUAUGUCCUUAAAUGUGAGUGAAGUGCAAGGUCUACUUGGAAUGAAUUUGGCUGACCUGAAGCUGUUUGAGAACUCCUCAGCUGUUCAGUCCUGGGUUGUAAGGCAAUACCAGUCUCAUUUGAAUACCCUGAACAUUGGCCUCGUUGGGGGCAAAAUCCCCUCUGUAACAUCUCAACCAAACAUCACUACUGUCACCAGCAGCCAGAUGAACCAAACAACUUUAGCCAAUAGCACAACUCAGGCAUCAGGAGCUCCUAUGUUUCAUGCUGGAACAUGGUCUCUCUCUUUGUGUGUAGUACUCCUGACUAUUGCACACACUGUUCAAACAAAAUAAUAUCAACAUUUAACUACUAAGUGCUAUCUCAUGUAAUUUAUAUUAUUCACCAAGUAUGUGUUGUCUCAGAACUGCCGAGUAUUAAUUAUUAAUAUAUUAGUAUUUAUAGUAGUAUAAUAUUAUGCAUUAAUAUAGUGUUAGUAAUUAUUAUGACAUAGACCGACAUUUCUGCUAUACAUUUUCUGGAGAUGUUUGUUUAUGAUGUCUAUGUUUGUUCUAUUAUUUCACAUACAAAUUUUGGGGUAAAACUAUUGUCAUUCUUUAUCUUCUAAAUAAUUGCUCUUUUGAAUAAUAUAUUUGUAAGAGUCAUUUUUCAUAUUCAUAGUUCUCUCAACAUGAAUUUAAUAAUUGUAUGUAAUCAAGAAUAAAGAAUUUCUAAAUUUCUAUUGAGCAUUGAUAAAGUUCUUCCAGAGAUGGAUUGGGCAGCUGUUACCUCCUGUCAUAGAGGUAAGGCUCUGAGCUGUGCAGCUUUUAAAUCAGACAGUGAUGGAGGUGUGAGGAUGGUACUGUACUUGUAGAAGAUGCUAAUGUUUGUAAAGACACCAACAGAAAUUUUACUCUCUCCACCUCUGUCUCUAUUGACUUAUGUGCAAUGCUGAGCACUUCUCCCUCUUCCUCUGUGGUUUGAAAAGCUGAUGUUUAAAUCUCCAACCAGCAGAAUCUUCAAACGAUGGCUAAAGACCUACUUCUUCCUGAAACACUUGAACAGGCACUUUUUUCCUUGUUUGUGUUUGUUUGAUUUCUCUUUUAAUAUGCUCAUAAAACAAUCAAAAACCUUGAACAGAGUAUUGGGUUGAUGGUUUCUUAACAUAGUGAACCAUUGUUAAUGUAUUAACAAAAGUCAGUAGAGACAUUUAACUAUUAUAUAUCGCUCUGGAUAAGGCUGUCUACCAAAUGCUGUUAAUGUUUACAAUCUGUAAAUGUAAAUGGUUCAACAAUAGUCUCUCUUAAAUU